AUGCUACGCGCCUCCGCGGGCAGUAUUCGGCUCACUUCGGUGUACGAGUGCACUACCCCCAAUGCACCCUAUGCCUAUCUCGUUGAGAUCGACGGGGUGCGCAUCCUCUUCGACUGCGGAUGGAAUGAGGAGUUUGACACGUCUUUCCUCGCUAAGCUGAAGCCAUACCUGGCAACUGUGCAUGCCGUGAUCCUGUCGAGUCCGCACAUCACCGCCUGCGGCGCCCUUCCCUUUGUCCUCACCCACAUCGCUCCCGGCACUUUUGUGGCGGCGGCCGGCGCCACAUCGAAGAUAGGCGUGCACAGUGUCUUGCACUCCUUCUUGUAUCAGUACCCAAACUCGCACACCUUCACCCUCGCGGAUGGGGAGGGGUUCACGAUGACGGUGGACUCCAUCUACCACAGCUUUCGCUCCCUCCGCGAGCCGUACGGCGGUAAGGUCACCGUGAAGAAUGAGGAUGUUGAGGUCAACUGCUUCGCUGUCUUUGCUGGCCGCAUGCUGGGUGGCUACAGCUGGACAAUCAAGUACCAAAUCGAUGAGCUCUUCUACUGCCCAGACUUCUCGGUGAAGCCGUCGUACGCGCUGAAGUCGUUUGACGUGCCGACAACGGCGAACAUCGUGCUUGUGAGCAGCUUUCCCUUUCAUAUGACCGUCUCAAAUCGGACGACGAAGUACGAAGAACAACUGAAGAGCCUCUUCAAAGAACUCCAGCACACCCUGCGCGGUGGCAGCGACGUUCUCGUGCCUGUUAACGUCGCAGGUCGUGGACUGGAGGUGCUGAACAUCCUUGUGCACCUCUUGGCAGAGCAGGGCGGCGACAAGUACAAGGUUGUCCUGGUGGCUGCCCAGGCCCAGGAGCUGCUCGACAAGGCAGGCACCAUGACCGAGGCGCUGCAGGACUACUUGAUUCUCGAUGAUAAGCGCCUCUUUGCGAAUGUCCUCACGUGCCGCAGCGCAGAGGAGGUGCUCCCGAUCCAGGGCCCCAAGAUCUGUGUCGCGGACGGGGCCUCUCUGGAUUUCGGACCCUCCGCGGAACUACUCGAGUACUUUGUGAAGGGCAACCGCGACGGCGCCGAUCACCUCAUCGUCUUGACGGAGCCGCCGUUGCCGGGGACGAACGCGACCGUGGUGACCGCUGCUGGGGACGGCGAGCGUCUCCACUUUCAAAUCACGCGUCGUAGUCGCCUGAGUGGGGAGGAGCUGGAGGAGUACUAUAUUGACCUGGAGCACGACGUAGAGCAGCGCCGGCGUGAGUUGGAGGCGCAAAGCAUCUUCCAGGUUGUGCCAGACGACGAGGAGGACGCUGCGAAUACCAAGGGAGAUGCGGACGACGAUGACGACGACGAUGGCGAAUGGGUGGCGGCGGCGGCGACGAGUCAUGGGGGAGCAGCUGAGAAGCCUUCCACCAUCAGUGGCACCACGGCUGCCACCACAGCUGGCGCAGGCGAUGCUGCCGGGGUCCCAGCGAAGACGAAGGCGGCGACGACCCCUGGCUUGGUGUUGCCGCCGUCGUUACACUACCACUCGAAGCAUCUGAGCUUUCCCGUGCUGGAGACAGCGAGCACGCUGAGCGCGGCGGCACUGAAGCGCAUCGAUGUUGCGUACGGGCUUCCUGUUAGCGAGGAGGAGCAGGUCGUGCUGCAGAAGCGCGCGCCUGCUCGGCAGCACAGCGAUGCGGGGCCAGAGGCGCUGCAGGUGGAGAACGAUGCACAGCGGCUCGCCAACAUCCCAUCCAAGGUGUCGCGCGUUGCGGUGGAGGUGACACGGCGCUGCCGCGUUGUCCUCUCCGACCUCAGCGGCUAUCCAGACGCUCUCACCAUGAAGAGCAUCCUGAAGACAAAGUGGACGUUUGCAAAGAAGAUGGUCGGACUUCGCGGCAACGCCGAGGAUGGACGGGCGUUUCAGCACUUUUGCCGCGCCGACAAAUCCAUGAAGUGCGGGUCGACUGUCUUCAGUGUCACGUCGUCCGGCGUACCGCUGGAGUUGGCAACGCACGUGUACUCGUAUGCGGUGCAGCUAGAGUCGAGUCUCGCACGUAGCCUGUCGCGUGGCCUACGCCGCGUCCGCGAGACCAAGUCAAAGAGUACAUGGGAGGUUGGGUGGGUCAACGGUGAGCUCUCCGGCGUGCGUGCUGAAGCCGACCUUGUGGAACCAGAGGCGCAGCGCCGUCGCUCCGACCGCGCCUCUUACUUCCUCACUGCUGUCACAGCGGACAAGUCGCAGGCGUGUGCAGCACAGCGGGAACAGCAAGGGCUGCAGAGUGGCUCCUUCUUUGUUGGCGACAUGGACCUUCGCCGCCUGCGCGAAGUCUCGCGCCAGGAGAGUGGGCUGUACAGCGAGUUUCACAAGAAGGCGCCCUUGCUGGUCUUCGAUGAAGGCGUGUGUGUCCGAAAAGGCGCUGACGGCACCGUCACCAUCUCCUCCAUUGCCACCCCGGCACUGUUUGAUCUGCGCCGCACCGUCUAUCGCCAGUACUCGCAGGUAUUGUAG